AGCUGCUCGUUUCCAGUCCAUUAUAUCUUAGUCCGUGCGUGAUUAUUAUGUGUGUGUGAGGUGUAUUCUGUUGCAGUCCGUGGUUGUGUUUUUGCGUGUGUGCGGCUGAUGUGCGUGCGUGGGUGUGAUUGUACUUGAUGCUGCCGCAGUGUGCCGUGUGCGUGCGCGUUAGUAACCCUCAUAAUAAUAAUAAUAAUAAAAUGCAAAAAUGUGCAAUUGACAAUUAACUGAUUAACAGCAUUAAUCAUUAUGCAGUAUUGCAACAAGCACUGAGCGGCGCGUUCGUCAGAGACUCAGCAGUCGAGCAAAUAAUAUAAUAUACGUAUAUAGUAUUUGAGUCGUGUUACUCUAUACUCUAGUUAGUGAUCAGUGAUAUUGGGUGUUUUAGUUCGCGUUUGUUUGCUCUACUGUGGUGUUUGUCUUGUUUUGUAAAUAUUCGUAAUAAUAAUAUAAUAAAUAAUAUUAUGAAUACAAAUAUAUUAAAGUACGACAGCAGUUGUAGUGCCGAAAAUCGAUAAAAAUUAUCCAGUUGUCAGAUACCGACUAUAUGGUCUGAACCACUGGUGGCCAUCAACGCGAUUGAUCUUGUGUGAUUCGUAAAUUCUACCUGUCGCACUUUUGAUUCUGAGCCUCCUUCUCUCAAGAAUAGCGAAGUUUAAAAAAUAUUAUGUCGUCGUUGACAUACUGGUUGCUGGUCGUGUUGUGCUUGGGCCAAGCCAUGGCGUAUAUCGAAAAAAUCAUGGAAAACGAUAGUGUUUGUUCGAUGAGUUUCUUUUCAAAUAAUUUAGACCUUUCUGGUCGUGAAGAUCAAUCAGCUAUGGUGAUCAAAGAUAACCAAUAUUUUCAGAAGUGGACUGGCAAGCAUGAAUUUAAUUGUAAAUUUACAGUAACUUCCUCACUUGGGUUGGGUGUUUUUGCGGUCAUACAGCAUAUGUCUUUUAGACGUAAUGCUCAAGGACAAUGUAUUGAUUAUAUUCAAUUUCGCCAUGCUGAAAAAACCUUAAGUGUUCUAGACUUAAAUAUUAAAAUUAAGUCAUCAGAGCACUGGGGUGAGAAAAUUUGUGGAAAAUUAAAUGCAUUUGAAGCUAAUGUUGGUAAUGAAUAUAAUCAAGGCAGUGAUGGAAACGAUGAUAAAGAAAUAAAAAAUUCAUUUGUUGAUCAUAGAGGUAUGAUUGAAGUUAAAAUAUAUCUUGGAAAUAAAUCUAUAGAGUCCACUGAUGAACUAAAGUUUGAGAUUGUAUUCACAGCAUUCCAAGAAUGCAAAUAUGACAAUGGUCAUUGGAAAAGUUGUGGUAGAAAAACAUGUAUUUUUAAAGAUUUUUUCAAUGAUGGAAAAGUUAACUGUCCAUACAAAAGCUGUAAAGAUGAAAGUGGUUGUCGCCCAGUAGUCUCAGUACUCAAUAGUAACUAUAUAAGCAGCACAACUGUAACCAGUAAAAUUGUGGCUGGAGCAGUUGCCUGCUUGGUUACCAUGAUUUUAGUAUUCAUUGCGUUCCUAUGGAUAUUUAGGCAUUGUGGACCUGCAUUUUGUUGUAUAAGCAACUCUAAUAGCCAUCCACAUUCUUCUGAAAUGCAACCAGUGCCACGCUUGGACACAAUGGCUAUUAUAGCUACAGCUCCACCCGAUUCUAUGGUGGCUAGCGGUACUGAAGUAAGAACAGCCGAUAAAGAUCUACCACCUUCAUACGACUCAUUGUUUCCAAGUAAAUAGUAACCACAAUCAAUAUUAUAAGGAUCUGUAUAAUUUUUUCAUCUAUCUCAUGUAGUUUAUAAGGUGGAUUUUAUACAUUUAUUUAAGAUUUCUAUCUGAACAAAUUUAUUAUUAUUAUUAUUUUUUUUUUUUUUGGAGAGAAAUAUUGAAGACAUUUUAAGCUAAGUACACCAAUUAUGUUCGAUUGUACCAGUGAUUUUUUAAUUUUCAAAACAAAAUUGUUUUAUUCUAAUUGGACUACCUAUAUAACUGAUCAAAAAAAAAAAAAAAAACAGUUAAAAAGUACUAAUAUUUUGACCUAAUUAGAUUAUUUUUAUUUUUACUCUUUUAGUUUAAAGAGUGAGACACAGUGUCUAGCUAUUUUUUCAAAGUGCUAACAAUUAUAUCACUGGCCCACCAUGUAUUUAUCUACUCUUAAAUUAAUCAAUCAAUACUAAAAACGAUCAUCUUUAUACUAGUAUCUUUUGUUACACAAAUUAAUUAUAAUAUAUAUAAUAUAUUUAUUUUUUUUAAUGGUUUGUAUUAAAUAUAUUAACUAUUUACCAACUCAAGUAUCAAAUACAAUAAGUAUACUCUUUUUAACCAAAAGAAAACUAAACAUUGUUGACACACAAGACUGAAUAAAUAAAAAAUUUCAAAUUGAUUAUUACCUACCUAUCACUUAUGCAAAUUAAACCGAAUUAAAAAAAAAAAAAAAAAUUAUAUCUUCUUUUUAAUAAUAAAGUCAAUUCGUUUAUUCAGAUUUGUGUAAUGUACAAAUGUAUAAUCUAGGUUAUACAUUAUAUAAUAUACUAUUAUAUUCAUUUUAUCAACCAAAUCAGUAUUUAAAAUAAUUUUAGUUUCUAAACUUUAAGCGCAACACAGUACAUUUGUGAAUAUCUUGUAAAACUUGUUUUAUUGACUAAGCAUCUAGAAGACACCAUUAUUUGGAUUAUAAUUUUUUGCUCUUGCAUGAGACUAUCAGAGUCCAACUUUUAUAAUUACCUUAAUUUUUGUUGUUCAAGGUUCAAUAAUACCUUUUUCCAUUGAUAUUCAAUCUUUUUGUAUUUGUCCCUUGAUUGUGGACCACCACAAUUCUAAAUAAUGUUUCAAUUUUAAAACUACUUUAUUUUUACCUUAUUAAAAAAUUAUUUUAAUUGAAUGUUAUGAGAUCCUGCGUAAUAUAUAGUAUAGUGUAAAUAUAUGUGCUUUACAUUUUAGUCAACAUUAAUAGUAAGUGCAAUACCACAUCACUCUACUAUAAAUGUUUACUAAUAUUUUGAACCAAAAGUAAAAUAUGUAUAAUGUCUAAUAUUGUGAAGCAUAUAUUUUAUUAUAUAUUAUUUUUACUCAGUAAGAUAUUAGGUAGAACUCAAUUAAUAUGACUAAGUAUUCUUAAAGAAUAACAUUUUUUUAUUUGUAUAAUUAUAUUAUUAUUGGCUAACUUUAAGUAAAAUCAAUAUUGAUAUUAUUGUAUUCUUUAUGUUUAUUUUUAUAUUGACUUAAGUACCAAAGACAAAAUAUAUUGCUUGUACCUUAAUAAUGUUAGAUACUUUGGUAUUUGUAAAAUUAAUUACAUUUUUGUGUAUAUAUAUCUAUAAACUAUAUGUCAAUAUACAUUUAAAUAUAUUCAUGCUUGUAAGAAUUGUGUAUACAAUUAAUAUUACUAAUAAAUUUAUAUUUGAAGUAUUAUUUACUACACUUCAAUACUGUAAAUUGAUACUGUGAUAAAAAAAAAAAGUAUAUUUAUAUCUAAUAUAU